CAAAAAUAAACAAUAACAACAAUAUAAAAAAAAAGAUUAUUAUUAAAAGUAAUAACGAAGCUUUUUUCUUUCAUUCAAAUAACUUACGAUUCAGUAUUUACUCAUGAGUCAGGAUGACUGCAAAGAGAAUAGAUAUUGAGAAAGAUCAACAAGUCUCUGCAGAUGAUGUUGAGGAGAAAAUGGAUCUCAUCAACUCUCUUGAUAAUGAUUCAUUAGCACAAAUAUUCAUGCUGCUGCCAAUAUCUGAGAGAAUAAUUAUGGAUGAAGUUUGUUCCAAAUGGAAAGAGGCCUGUCAACUAGCUUGGCAUGACAUUAAAAAAUACAAAUGUACCAAUACAAUUGUUCGUAGUUAUGAAAAAUGUAUUUUAACACAAUCAUACGUAGAAAAAAUAUUAUUCAAUUGUGGUAUUUAUUUAAAAGAAUUAAUUCUUUCAAAAGUUUGUAACUCAAGUAUCAUGCUAGUAAUUGCUGAACACUGCAAAAAUUUAACAAAACUUGAAUUUGAAAUUGACGUAAAUAAAGAUGAUUGUUAUACUGAUCGCUUUGUUGAAGCAUUCACACAGUUGAAGCAAUUGAAAGUCGUUAAAAUACAUGUAGCUGGAGAUAAAUUUGAAUGUCAAAUGCUGAAUAGUCUUCCAAACGAUAUAAAUGAAUUUCAUUUAUUUUUUCCUCAUGAAUCGGCAGAAGUAAUAAGUAUAAAAGGCGUAUGUAUGGUGGUUUAUUCUUCAACUCAUUAUGUAUCACCAUCACUUUUCUCUUUGAGAAAAUUUACCAAUCUUCGAAGUUUGACAAUACGUUCUUACAACAUCACCGGCAUUAUCCAAGAAAUAUCAAAAAAAACAACACUUGUUUAUCUCGAUCUCCAAAACUGUCUAGCUGUAAAUGAGAUUUUUACAUUCAAUCAACUUUCAAACUUGGAAUAUCUCAACAUUAAGGACGUGUCCUUCAUGGAUAGUCAAUUACAAAAUAUUCCAAAUCCACUCAGUGGUAUUUUCAAUACAUGCAAAAAUCUAAAACAUCUUGAUGCCCCAGGUUUUGAUGUUGAUCUAGCUGAAAUUGAGAUAGAAAACUGGGUAAACUUGCAAAAUUUCGUAUACUUAAAUAUUCGCUGGCAAGCUAGUGACGCAAUAAUUAAAAAAAUCAUCAAGUAUUGCAAUAAUUUAGAAUUCAUAAAGAUUGAUGAAUUAAAUAGUGAAUCUACUAUAAAGUUAACAAAAUUAGAAAAUCUUAAUUAUUUAAAAUUUGGGUUCACAAAUCAUAUCAAUGAAGAAGUAAUGGUUGCAAUCUUAAAUAAUUGUAAAAAACUUAAACAUCUGGUAAUUCACGGGUCUAAUAUAGUGGAGGCAUCAAUUUUUGAUGAUUUAUCAAAGUUGCAAUAUAUUGAAAAUUUAAAUUUGGCAUUUAGUUCUAAACUUGGAGAUAGUGCUAUGAUUGCUAUUGCUGAAAAUUGUAGGCUAUUGAAAUGUUUGAAUAUUGAAAAUUGUUCCAUCACUUCAACUGGUUAUAUUGCUUUAACGAGUUUAAAAAAUUUGAAAAAACUCAAUGUUGGAUCGAAUGAUAAUGUUGAAGACAAUUUUAUUGUCAAAUUAAGGGGAAUAAAAAGUUUAAAUUGUUCUGUAUGCAACAAACUUACUGAUGCUGGUGUCAUUCAAUUUAUAAAAAAUAAUCCAGAUCUUGAAUUUCUUGAUAUCAGCAACGCAAAUGUUACAAUAAACACAAUUAUUGCUGCAGAAGUGGCAGUUAAAAAUCGUAUUAAUGAUACUUUUUUAGCUAUAAAAACUCGUGAUUUAGAUCUUAAAAAAGCCUGCAUUGAAUCUCAAUGGUUAAUUCAUCGUUAG